UUUACGCGUUGUUAGCGUGGAAGCUAUGGAAGUAAGCUAGGACUUAAAAACGCAUUCUGCUUGUUCGCUCCUGCAUACGUGGUUCGCUCUUAUGAGCUUAGGAUAUGAAAUAAUGUCUAACAAGUUGAAAUGACGCGUCAUUUCCAGAUGAAAGCUGCUGUCUCCGAUCUUCCACACGGGACCUAAACGCAGCAUGUGCUCAGACGACGGAGAGGUUGAACAGCAUCAGACACAGCAGCAGCAUCAGUAUGGGCAACUAGCAGCUGGUCUGCGUCUCCGCGCUAACAGGGAAAGCUCAAUGACAGACCCACUGAAAUCCUCCUAAGCAGAAACCAGGGGGAAGAAGAAGUGACAGGGAGGAAGGAUGGACUCCAUCUCUAUGCUGGGCGGCAGCAGGAGCCCUGUGUUCCUCACACCCCCGUCCUCCCACCACCUCCGACACGCGCAGGCCUGUUUCCUGCCCAACGGCGCCAAGAGCGGAGUUGGAGACACAGGAACUGCCUGUCUGCGCGCCCGGCCCGCAGUUGCCAUCCUGGGCUCAGGUGACUUCUCCAAGUGCUUGACCACACGCCUUCUGCGCUGUGGCUUCCACGUGGUGGUCGGCAGCCGCCAUCCCAAACUGGCAGCCCAGUCGUUUCCUCAUGUGGUGGAUGUGACACAUCAUGAAGACGCUGUGGGGAAAGCCAGCGUUGUGUUCCUGGCGAUCCGCCGUGAGCACUACUCUGUCCUGUGGGACCUCAAGCAUCUACUGGAAGGCAAGAUCCUGGUGGAUGUGAGUAACAACAGGAGGGUGAACCAGUACCCAGAGUCUAACGCCGAGUAUCUGGCUUCACUGCUGCCAGACUCUAUCGCGGUCAAAGGCUUCAACGUCAUCUCAGCCUGGGCCAUGCAGCAGAGCUGCCCCAAAGACGCCAGCACACAGGUGUACAUCUGCAGUGACUCGGUGGAGGCUCGACAGCAGAUUAUGGAAUUAGCCCGCCAGCUCAACUUCCAGCCGGUGGAUAUGGGCACCCUGUCCUCUUCGCGGGAUAUUGAGAACAUUCCCAUACGGUUAUUUCCUGGCUGGAAGGGCCCCGUCCUUGCUGCUGUGGCCCUCUCCAUCUUCUUUUUUGCUUACUCUUUUGUACGAGAUAUCAUCCACCCAUAUGUGAAAUAUAAGCAGAGUGACUUCUACAAGAUCCCCAUAGAGAUUGUGAACAGGACACUGCCCACUGUUGCCAUCACUCUCCUGGCCCUAGUGUACCUGGCAGGCCAGCUGGCAGCCGCCCACCAGCUCUACUUUGGUACCAAGUACAGGCAUUUCCCACACUGGCUGGAGGGCUGGCUGCAGAGCCGCAAACAGCUGGGCCUCCUCAGCUUCUUCCUGGCUGCUGUGCAUGUUCUCUACAGCCUCUGUCUGCCCAUGAGGAGGUCUGAGAGGUAUCUGCUGCUCAACACCGCCUACCAGCAGGUCCAUGCUAAUGUGGAGAAUGCGUGGAAUGAGGAGGAGGUGUGGAGGGUGGAGAUGUACGUUUCCUUUGGGAUCAUGAGUCUUGGGCUCCUGUCGCUGAUGGCCAUCACAUCUAUUCCCUCGGUCCACAGCACGCUCAACUGGAGGGAGUUCAGCUUCAUACAGUCCACUCUGGGCUACAUCGCUCUGCUCAUCGCCACCCUCCACGGCCUGCUGUUUGGCUGGAAGAGAGCCUUCGAGGAGGAAGCCUAUCGUUUCUACCUACCCCCCAGCUUUGUGGUGGCCCUGGCCCUGCCCGUUUGUGUCAUCCUGGGGAAGGUGCUAAUGCUGCUCCCCUGUGUGGCCCACAAGCUGCACCAGAUCCGCCGGGGCGUGGACAGCAGUCACUCCCGGUGCCAGCGCCUGGAGCCAGUGGGCUCGGCUGCCCACGUUUCGCCAGAAAGAGUCACCAUCAUGUAAUCGCUGCAGCACAAAGCUGCCAUAUACUGCCAUUAACAGUUUUAUUGAAGCAAACGUGUGAAUUGGGUACUUAUUAGCUGUUACCAAAACUAGUGACCUUGUAUGCCUAUUAUGUUACAGUUUGUGCACCUCAAUUGUAAAAUGGAAUAUUAUCUUUCCUUCCUAAGCUCCGGAGGCAGCGCAGGGCUCAGCAGAGGAAGGAACUUGUUUUGGUGGAACAUUUGCACCCCGCAAAAGAAAACUCCACAUACAAUAUUAGAUCAAGUUA